AUGGCCAUCGUAUCAUUCGCGAGCUUUCCGGUACCUCCGCCUGCAAGAGAGACGCCCGAGGAUGAUGGUGAAGAUGCGUACAUGGACCUUGAUGAUCCUACCUCUUCGGGCGCGAAACUGGCGGCGCCCGGUGAGGCAAUUACCAGCGCUCAGGCCUUUAUGCGAGGGCACGGGACGUAUAUCGACAAAGAAGAGGUAGUAGCAACCGUUGCUGGCACUGUAGAGCGCGUUAACAAGCUCGUCACCGUCCGGCCGUUGCGAACAAGAUACAGCCCUGAAGUCGGCGACUUGGUUGUUGGGCGUAUCACGGAGGUGCAACCGAAGCGUUGGAAAGUCGACGCGAAUGGACGGCAAGAUGCCGUUCUCAUGCUUUCGAGUGUGAACUUGCCCGGUGGCGUACAACGGAGAAAGCUUGAAAGUGAUGAGCUGCAAAUGCGUACCUUCUUCGAGGAGGGUGACCUGCUCGUUGCCGAAGUGCAGGCCUUCUUCCAAGACGGAGCAAUGAGUUUGCACACGCGUUCCCUCAAGUAUGGCAAGUUGAGGAACGGAAUGCUCGUGACGGUGCCGCCCAUCUUGGUCCGGCGUCUCAAGAGCCACUUUGUGGCCCUGCCCAGCGGCGUGGACCUCGUUCUCGGCUUGAACGGUUACAUCUGGAUCUCGAAGCAUGUGAAGGAAUUCGAACAGGAAGGAGAGGAGGGCUUCGACGCGGAGGCCGUGUACUCAAACAAGAACGAUGAUAUUGACGAUGCGACAAGGACGGCAAUUGCACGGGUCGCAAACAUCAUACGCGUAUUGUCGGCACAUUCUUUGCCUUUGACAGAUACGGUCGUCCUUGAUGCAUACGAAUGGGCAGUCGAGCAAAACGUCGAGGUGAAGGACAUUCUGCGAGACGAUAUGUCCGAGGCCCUCGUCACUGCCAUUCCGUACCGAUGA